AUGAAGGUCUCCUCAGCCCUCCUGUGCCUGCUGCUCACCACGGCCGCCCUCAACACCCAGGUGCACGCCGAUCCAAGUACUUUAUCAGUCCCAACAUGCUGCUACAGUUUUACGGAUAAGAAGAUCCCGAUGCGGAAGCUGGUGAGCUACAAGAGAGUCACCAGCAGCAAGUGCCCCAGAGAGGCUGUGAUCUUCACGACCAAACUGAACAAGGAUAAAUGUGCUGACCCCCAGCUGAAGUGGGUCCAGGAUUCCAUGAAGCUCCUAGACAAGAGAACCCAAACUCCAAAGCCUUGA